AUGGAUCCGUCAUUACUUCGGGAGAGAGAGGCCUUCAAGAAGAGGGCUCUCUCUAACCCUGUGGUCGAGAAUCGGGCGAAGAAAGAGUCGAAAUCGUCGCUCUCUUCGGCCAAAGAGUCCAACGCUUCCAUCAGUAGGAAGAAAGUGAAGAGAGAGUCGACGGCUCAGAACCGGGACUUGUUUUCAUUGCCCCGAAGUUCGGGCACUUCUUCACACAAUUUCGGAGUUUUAGCCAAAAUUGUGAAUCACAUGAAAAAGAGUUAUCUCGAGGGAGACUCUGAGGCGCUCUCUUUCGAUGACCUCUUGGAUGAGACGAAUCAAUUGGAUUUGACGCCCAAACAGAAGAACUGGCUUCUCGUCGAAGCGCUUCCAAACAAUCCCAAGAUUAUCAUCACUGAUGACCAGAAGUACGCAUUCAAACCGCUAUACCCUCUGAAAGACAAGAAAUCACUGCUGAGACUACUGGACAGACACGACCAAAGAGGUCUCGGAGGUGUGACCCUCGAAGACGUUCAGGAGUCACUUCCCGGCGCCGACCGACACAUCAAGAAUCUGGUCGACAAUAACAAGAUUACUGUCAUUACGCGACCAAUGGAUAAGAAGAAGAUUCUCUUCUAUAACGACAGCUCUCAGGACAUGAAAGUGGACGAAGAGUUUCAGAAACUGUGGAGAAGUGUCGCCGUCGAGGGUAUCGAUGAGAUGAAGAUCGAAGAGUACCUCCAGAAUCAGGGCAUCACUUCCAUGCAAGACAUGGGACUCAAGAAGACGACACACGUCCAGAAGCGCAAGAAAGCCAACAAACGUAAGGCCAACUUCAAGAAACUCAAUGAUCACAUGCAGGACAUACUCGAAGACUAUACCGACAAAUAA